AACUGGAAUUCAGCGCCAAUAUCGAUAAGAGAAAAUAAAUGAUAUUUAAACAAAUAAUAUAAUAAUUCACUCAACCAAACAAUUUAAAUCAUAUAAUAUGAUAAUAAGGAUUAUAUAUAACUAAUACAUCCAAAAACGUAUAAAGUAUAAAGAAAACAUUUGGAGAGAUGUUUUAUUUUGUGAACACCGCUGGAAGCUAUGGACAUCCAAAUCCGACACCACCGAUGGGCACCUACUCUCCCGAGGAGGCCAAGUGUCUGGAAGACCGCAAGUGGUGGGCUUUCCUAUUGUCCAGUAUAUUCACAUUACUAGCAGGAAUCUUUAUUGUUCUGAUCUACCGAUUGAUUGAAUUUCUAUGUGCGGGGGCUUCGGGUCAUUCAAAUCAGUCAAAUUCAGCCAACAGUAAGGCUAAUAAACAGCAAAUGGCUGGCGUUAACCUUCAAGUUAAAGAUGUUAAGCCAACGAUGCCGUCGGAUCUGCCGCUCAAUAAGGACUUGGGUUGGAUGACUGAAGCCAAAGACUGGGCCGGAGAACUCAUUUCCGGACAAUCAACUACUGGAAGGAUUCUUGUGGUUUUGGUAUUUCUUCUAUCAAUUGCAUCACUAGUGAUAUAUUUCAUCGAUGCCUCCAGUACUGGUCCUCCAGGACACGGUGAUAGUGUUGAGAAGUGCCAGAAGUGGAACGAUAACGCCACACAACAAGUAGAUUUGGCUCUUAAUAUAUUUUUUAUGGUCUAUUUUUUUAUCCGGUUUAUCGCCGCCUCCGAUAAGCUAUGGUUUAUGUUAGAGUUGUACUCAUUUGUCGAUUACUUUACAAUUCCUCCGUCUUUUGUGUCCAUUUACUUAGACAGGACUUGGAUUGGUUUACGCUUUUUGCGUGCACUACGGCUAAUGUCAUUCCCCGAUAUUUUGCAAUAUUUAAAUGUUUUAAAAACCUCUUCGUCCAUACGUUUGGCACAAUUGGUGUCAAUUGUUGUGUCCGUUUGGUUGACGGCCGCCGGACUCAUACAUUUAUUGGAGAAUUCUGGCGAUCCGUUGGAGUUUGCAAAUGGAAAUCCCAUUUCUUACUGGGAAUGCGUUUACUUUCUUAUUGUUACGAUGUCUACCGUCGGUUAUGGUGACAUCCACUGUACGACAACACUGGGCCGUACCUUUAUUGUGCUCUUUAUUUUAGUUGGUUUGGCUGUGUUUGCCUCAUUGGUGCCCGAAAUUACCGAAUUGGUGGGACAUCCCUCCAAAUAUGCUGGCAAUUACCAGAAAAAUCCCGCUAAAAAACAUAUAGUAGUUUGCGGACACAUCACAUAUGAGAGUGUCAGUCAUUUCCUUAAGGACUUCCUCCAUGAAGAUAGAGAGGAUGUCGACGUUGAGGUUGUGUUUCUCCAUAGAAAACCACCGGAUCUUGAACUUGAAGGUCUGAUUAAGCGUCACUUUACGACUGUCGAGUUCUUUCAGGGAUCCGUUAUGAAUCCAAUUGACUUAAAUCGGGUUAAAGUACACGACGCCGACGCAUGUCUGGUGUUGGCCAAUAAGUACUGUCAGGAUCCCGAUGCCGAAGACGCGGCCAAUAUUAUGCGCGUCAUAUCAAUAAAAAAUUAUAGCGACGAUAUCAGAGUGAUAAUCCAGUUAAUGCAAUACCAUAACAAGGCUUACUUAUUGAACAUCCCUUCGUGGAACUGGAAAAGAGGAGAUGAUGUCAUAUGUGUUAGUGAAUUAAAACUGGGUUUCAUAGCUCAAUCAUGUUUGGCUCCGGGAUUCAGUACGAUGAUGGCCAAUCUGUUUGCCAUGCGCUCAUUUAAAACAUCUCCAGACAUGCCUUCGUGGCAAAACGACUACUUGUGCGGCACAGGGAUGGAAAUGUAUACAGAAAACCUGAGUCCAGCGUUCAUGAACAUGACCUUUGCACAGGCGGCCGAACUUUGUUUUGUUAAAUUAAAGCUCCUAUUGAUGGCCAUCGAAGUGACCAACGAGAAUGGCGACGGCGGGGCCAACAUUGUCAUCAACUCUAAGGGUAACCACAGAAUUCAAAAUUCAACCCAAGGUUUCUUUAUCGCUCAAAGUGCCGAUGAAGUCAAAAGAGCUCUUUGGUAUUGCAAGAGUUGUCACGACGACGUCAAGGAUGAGAAAUUGAUCCGCAAAUGCAAAUGCAAGAACCUUGGCGCUAUAUUUAAGAAAGGAGUGAGAGUUGUACAGGCAGUUCAAAAUAAUACCGUCACUCGACAAUCAACUGACAGUGGCUAUGGUUUGAGUCAGACCUGUGGUAUGGCUGAUGGAAAUAUGUCGACGUUAUCACUACACCCGACUAACACACCCCCAGAAAUACCCAAAAUUUCCAGAAAACUUAGAGAUUUUAUUUCCAAAUUUAACUCUUUAGGUGAUAACUCUGGCGACCCCAGCGAAAGUAUUCAUUUAAUCCCUCCGUCUUCGACCUCAUCUUUGGGUGGCAGAAGAGGUGCCCGAAAUGGCAAACAUGUUGUGACAACUCCACCACAAAACAGUCAAUUAUCUCAUUCGUCGCGCAAUAAGUCGGGACAUCACGGCUCACAUUCACAGCAUCAGCCAUCACAAGCUGGUCAGCAACCGCCGCCACCCAACUAUAGUCAGGUACACUUGGCUUAUGAAGUCAAGAAACUGAUGCCGGCAGCUCAACGAAAUUCCGACAGUGCGGGCGGCGGCGGUGGCGGUAAUACGAGCGCCGGAUUUAUCGACUCUAAAGAUUUUGACUUUGAAAAGACCGAAAUGAAGUACGAUUCUACCGGUAUGUUUCAUUGGUGUCCCGCCCGACCUAUCGAGGAAUGUAUACUCGACAGAAAUCAGGCAGCGAUGACUGUCCUUAAUGGACACGUUGUUGUCUGUCUGUUCGCUGAUCCCGAUUCACCAUUGAUUGGCUUAAGAAACCUUGUGAUGCCCUUAAGAGCUUCAAACUUUCAUUACCACGAAUUAAAACAUGUGGUAAUUGUCGGAAAUGUCGAUUAUUUGCGACGAGAGUGGAAAAUGUUGCAGAAUUUGCCCAAAAUUAGUGUACUCAACGGUUCACCCCUAUCUCGGGCUGACCUCAGGGCUGUUAAUAUUAAUUUAUGUGAUAUGUGUGUUAUACUAUCGGCGAAGAUUCCUUCAUCAGAUGAUCCAACGUUAGCCGAUAAAGAGGCCAUUUUGGCCAGUCUUAACAUCAAAGCCAUGACAUUUGACGAUACGAUUGGAGUCAUCACUAAUAAUACCGCCAACGGUACAGCUCUGGGAAGUAAUAUUCCGGGAACGUCUCCGCCACCACUUGUUGUCCAAAGGAGAGGUUCUGUUUAUGGCGCAAAUGUCCCCCUAAUCACCGAACUGGUCAAUGAUACGAAUGUCCAAUUUCUUGAUCAAGACGAUGAUGACGAUCCCGACACUGAAUUGUAUUUGACACAACCGUUUGCUUGUGGGACAGCGUUUGCGGUGUCGGUGCUCGACUCGUUGAUGUCAACCACGUAUUUCAAUGCAAAUGCAUUAACUUUGAUCCGUUCUCUAAUCACUGGUGGAGCCACUCCAGAACUGGAGCUAAUUCUGGCAGAAGGAGCUGGACUUAGGGGUGGAUAUUCAACACCUGAGACAUUAAAAAAUCGGGACAGAUGUCGGGUCGGACAGAUAAGCUUAUAUGACGGCCCGUUGGCUCAAUAUGGAGAGAAUUGCAAAUACGGGGACUUAUUUUUAGCCGCACUUCGCACGUAUGGUAUGCUAUGUAUUGGUAUUUAUCGAAUCCGUGAUCCCAGUGGUGUGGGUGAGGCCUCAUCUAAACGUUAUGUCAUCACAAACCCGCCCAACGAGUUGCUAGUGAUUCCAAGUGAUAUGAUCUUUGUGUUACUUCAAUUUGAUCCGGGAUUGGAGUACUAUAAAGCAGAGAGAGCGGCACAUAAUCCAACACAACGUAACCAAUUGAACGAUCAUAUGAUGACAAACAAUACGGUACCGCAAUCGGUGCCGCCGACACAGGCCGGUCAACCGCCCUCCUGACAGAUACUUUGUAGCGCACUUACGGACGGACCCUACUCUUUCAUCUAACUGACCAUUAGAUCCGAAAGACUAGAGUCUGUACCGUUUGAGCGCUACUUCAACACAAUUGUCAUCGUUUGUCACAUUCUCUUCUCAAGAUAUAUACAUUCUCUCACACAACGAAUCUCUUGAAAAAACAAGACAUUAUUUAACGAAUAUUUCAUCAAAUGAUAUAAUA